UGCAGGUUUUGCGCUCACUGGCACGAUGACGGUGGGUAGGCAGAGGAGGAUUUAAGCUGAUGCCUCUUCUCGGGUGAAGUGAUCAUAUCCUCACAUUGUCACUGCGACUCUUUACACGUAUCUCAGUUAAGCAGUAUAUUCAUAAGCUUUUCCGUGUAAAGUGCCUCACACACCUACUCUCCUCUCCAUCUCUCAUACUCAUCGAAAUUCAUAAUCAUCAACAUACAUCAUGAUUAUCUCCCGCGCCGUCUCUCUCUUCCUCCGGUUCGCAGAAUUUGUCUGCGCUGCCAUAGUCCUCGGAAUCCUCGCCUACUGGAUUCAUCAAGUUCGCGAUGUCAACGGUGAUCCCCGUGGCCGUGAUAUUUACACGCUCGUCGUCUCCGUUCUCGGAGUCCUUGCCGCCCUCGCUCUCCUCAUCCCAACCACCUCGAGCUUCAUGCAUGCUCCUGUCGACCUUAUUUUCUCCGCUCUAUGGUUUGCCGCCUUUGGGCUUCUUGUGCAAGGUCUGAACAACGAUGCUUGCGGUGGAACGUUCCAGUGGGGCGUGAUUCGUGCUGGUGGCUUUUGUGGCCAGUACAGAGCGGCGGAAGCCUUCAGCUUUCUAGCUGCAAUUUUUUGGUUCACUAGCUUUCUACUUAGCUUGUGGGUAGCGAGGAAAGCGAAGAGUGGUAAUGUUGUAGUUGCUGAUGGCCACCGUAGCCGUCGUCGCUGGGGUCGCCGCUCUGCGGUCUAGGCUUGUGAUUGUGUCUGUUUUGUAUAAGUACUCACAAGUUGCACAAGUAAAGUCUCAACGGUGGGCGUUGGAUUCUGGAUUCUCUUCAGCGUACUAUAUGCCGGUUCUCUACGAUCGUGUUGUAGCAUGCUUUCUUGAUCAUUUUGCCAUGGUAAUGAGCUCAAUAAUACUUCAUGUCUUCAGCAAAACAUGCCUACAUUAGUAUUACAUUCCUUCAUCCGCUUCUUGUCUUUGCCGUUCCAGAGGUUCAUCCGGUCAUACCU